AUGAUCGACAUCCCGUGCAUAUGCAAAGAGAAGAAGGAGGAUGGGAACGGAGAGGAAAUUUCUUUCGGUCCACGCACCGACGACAUUUAUCGAACCUGUAAUCUUCCGACACGAUUUAUGUAUCCACCUGAUAUUAUAUUUGUCGAACGAUAUCUGACGAACGGUAACCCCCCAGUUGCACAUCGAGCACGCAGUGUUCUCUCUGGUGUGUUCAGUGCGCGUCCAGCAUCUGAGAACACCAUGCGCUUCCUCUUGCUCGUUUAUCUCGUCUUAUCGGUCCCCGCUCGAGACGUUAACGCGGAGGAAGUGGACUGCCAGGUUUACAACCAUCUUUACGUCUGCCUGGCCAACGGCGUGCUGCACAGCGUUGCGUUCGAGGAUGUCAACGCGGUGCAAACGAUCGAGGACAUAGAGCUGCAUCUGGAGGGCCUCGGGAUCGUCGACAUAGCCAAGGACGCUUUUCUCGAAGUCAGCAACUCGUCCGCCUUGUACAUUCGUGACAAUCAGUUGUCCACGAUUUCCAGACACUAUUUCACCGAUUUGGACCAACUGACGUAUCUGGAUCUGAAGAAUAACAGCAUCGCCGAGAUAGAGGACGGCGCGUUCGCCAAAUUGCGCAGCCUGGAAACGUUGCUACUCGAUUGCAACAACAUCACCGUGUUCCGCGCUGGAAUGUGGAAAGGUCUCGCCGAUCUCCGCGAAUUAUACGCCACGAACAACAACAUCGUGUUGAGGAGGAACGUGUUCAGAGGUCUCAGGCACCUGGAAACUUUGGCGCUGGACUGCAACGAGAUCACGGAAGUGCCGAUCGGGGUGUUCAACGGAUUACCUCACAUCGAUCUUCUCUAUCUGUCGAGAAACAAAAUUUCCUCCUUACAUCCGGAAGCCUUUCGCGGUCUUGGCGAGGUGAACGAAUUAGACCUGGGACGAAAUCGACUGAGGGACGUAUCCGGUGGGAUCUUUCGACACCUGAAGAACCUGAACUCUCUGUGGCUCAACGGCAACCAGAUCGUCACGCUGAAGGCUGACACGUUCGUGGGACUUGACAAUUUGUUGCUGCUGUUCUUGAACAGCAACGAGCUCCACUUCGUCGACAUGUCCGCCUUCGCGAAAAUGAGGAACGUCACCAUCGAUCCGGGGAGUGUUCAAGGGAUAUCGACAGGACGAGAGUCCGCUUCCGCAUCCUUGUUACAAGAGCACGUCGAUGGAUUACGGAUGGUACGCACCGACGAUUCACACCGUGCCCACUGCUUAUUAUCCACGAAAUACUUCUUUCAGCGAGAACAUGGCGCGCGGCGGGAUGUAUCGUAAUCGCUCUCUCAAUACGGGACUGGACAAAAGCGUGGUUUAAAUUCCUUGCUCGUUCCUCUUCGAUCCUCUGUCAAUUUCUUUUCAAAUUGUCUGCAUCACAGAUCUUUGUAAACGAACUCGUAGUUUCAUACAAUGAUGGUGUAACAAUGUAUUCAAUGUGGUGUAUUCAAUAAAUGUCGAACGAGACUUACUUGUGCUUGCUUGUGCUUUCGAAAUUGCUGAGAAUUAUUUUCAUUUGACUUGAUUUCAAUAAGUGAAUUUAUCAGCCUGUUAGAAAGAUAGAAAAAGGACGAUGCUGGGUUGCUGAGAUUGACAAUAGAAGUCAGAAGUAUAAUAUUUUUUUUUUUAUUUUUUUUCUUUGUUUUCUUUAUUGUUACAGUUUUAGCUUUUACGCAGUAAUCGUAUUUCAACGAGAUACCUAG